UAAGUACCUUACCUACUAUUUAUAGAAGUACCUAUUUCUAAUAUGCACCACCUAUCAUAGUUAGUUAGUACGGUUUUAAGAAUCAACCCUGUAGGCAACAACUGGGUAGUUAUAUUAACUACUUUAAGCUAUCUAACUAAAUGGUUUAUCACAGUGGCGAUUUCUGUUGUUUACUGUUUAUUAUCUACUUACUAAAACGGUACAGGAAAAUUAUAUUAUACUUACUGUUCACUUUACCCUAGUGGAGAGUGUGGAUUCCGUUAAAUACGGCGUAGGUUGUUAAAUACGUAGGUAGGUGCAGCAUGGACAUCGUGGUGACAGGCGCGGGCGGGUACCUGGGCGGGCUGCUGGCGGACGCGCUGCUGCAGCCGGGCUGCCCCGUGCCGGUGCGCCGCCUGCUGCUGCUGGACGUGGCGCCGCCGCCGCCGCGCGCCGACCCGCGCGUGACGUGCCGCGCCGCCGACCUGGCCGCGCCCGGCGCGCCCGCCGCGCUGCUGCCGCCCGGCACGCAGCUCGUGUUCCACCUGGCCGCCGUGGUCAGCGGCCACGCCGAGCAGGACUUCGAGCUGGGCCUGCGCGUGAACCUGGACGUCACGCGGGCGCUGCUGGACGCCGUGCGGGCGCUGGGCGGCGCGCGGCUCGUGUUCGCCAGCACGGUGGGCGUGUUCGGAGGCGCGCUGCCCGCCGUGGUGCACGAGGGCGUGGCUCCGACGCCGCAGAGCUCGUACGGCUGCGCGAAGGCGAUGAGCGAGCUGCUGGUGGCGGAGUACGCGCGGCGCGGCUGGCUGCAGGCGCGCACGCUGCGGCUGCCCACGAUCACGGUGCGCGCCGGCGCCGCCAACCGCGCCGUCACGUCGUUCGCGUCGGGCAUGGUGCGCGAGCCGCUGGUGGGCCGCGACUACACCGUGCCGGUGCCGCCGGAGACCGAGCUGUGGGUGGCGAGCCCGCGCGCCGCCGUGCGCAACCUGCUGCACGCGGCGGCGGCGGGCGGGGACGCGGCGCCGCUGUGCCUGCCCGGGCUCACGGUGUCGGCGGGCGCGGCGGCGGCGGCGCUGGCGGCGGCGCGCCCGGCGGCGGCGGCGCGGCUGCGCUGGGCGCCGGACCCGCUCAUCACCGCCAUGGUGCAGUCCUUCCCGGCGCGCUUCGACUGCUCGCGCGCGCUGCGGCUCGGCUACGUCGCCGACGAAAGCUUCGACAGUAUCGUGCGUGACUACAUACAACACGACUUAAAGGAAACCUCGGCUUGAAAAAUAUACUCGAACCAAAUAAAUAUUUAAGUAUUA